AUACCCCUAGAGCCCCGACCAGGGUUAUUCUAUCUACUACCCAAGAUCCACAAACCAGGCAAUCCUGGACGCCCCAUCAUCUCGGGCAUUGGCACUCUCACUGAAGGACUGUCUGGAUAUAUGGACUCUCUACUCAGACCCUAUGCCACCAGCACUCCCAGCUAUCUCCGCGACACCACUGAUUUCCUGAGGAAACUACAAUGCAUUGGUGACCUCCCAGAAAACACCAUCCUAGCCACCAUGGAUGUAGAGGCUCUCUACACAAACAUCCCACACACAGAUGGAAUACAAGCUGUCAGGAACACUAUCCCUGAUGAUGCCACAGCACAACUGGCUGCUGAGCUCUGUGCCUUUAUACUUACACACAACUAUUUCAAAUUUGAUGACAAUAUAUAUCUCCAGAUCAGUGGCACUGCUAUGGGCACCCGCAUGGCCCCACAAUAUGCCAAUAUCUUCAUGGCCGACCUGGAACAACGCUUCCUCAGCUCUCGUCCACUCACACCCCUUCUCUAUCUACGCUACAUUGAUGACAUCUUCAUCAUCUGGACCCAUGGGAAGGAGACUCUGGAAAAAUUCCACCAUGAUUUCAACAGCUUCCACCCCACCAUCAACCUCAGCCUGGAUCAAUCUACACGGGAGGUCCACUUUCUUGACACCACGGUGCAAAUAAGUGAUGGUCACAUUAACACCACCCUAUAUCGAAAACCCACCGACCGCUAUGCCUACCUUCAUGCCUCCAGCUUCCAUCCCGGGCACAUCACACGAUCCAUUGUCUACAGCCAAGCACUGAGGUACAACCGCAUCUGCUCUGACCCCUCAGACAGAGACCAACACCUACAAAAUCUCCACCAAGCAUUCUCAAAACUACAAUACCCGCACGAGGAAAUAAGGAAACAGAUCAACAGAGCCAGACGUGUACCCAGAAGCCUCCUACUGCAAGACAAACCCAAGAGAGAAACCAACAGGACUCCACUGGCCAUCACAUACAGCCCCCAGCUAAAACCCCUCCAACGCAUCAUCAAGGAUCUACAACCCAUCCUGGACAAUGAUCCCACACUUUCACAGGCCUUGGGUGGCAGGCCAAUCCUUGCUCACAGACAACCUGCCAACCUGAAACAUAUUCUCACCAGUAACUGCACACCACACCAUAAUAACUCUAGCUCAGGAACCAAUCCAUGCAACAAACCUCGAUGCCAACUCUGCCCACAUAUCUACACCAGCGACACCAUCACAGGACCUAACCAGAUCAGCCACACCAUCACUGGUUCAUUCACCUGCACAUCCACCAAUGUAAUAUACGCCAUCAUAUGCCAGCAAUGCCCCUCUGCUAUGUACAUCGGCCAAACCGGACAGUCUCUACGGAAAAGGAUAAAUGGACACAAAUCAGACAUUAGGAAUGGCAAUAUACAAAAACCUGUAGGAGAGCACUUCAACCUCCCUGGCCACACUAUAGCAGACCUUAAGGUGGCCAUCCUGCAGCAAAAAAACUUCAGGACCAGACUUCAAAGAGAAACUGCUGAGCUUCAGUUCAUCUGCAAAUUUGACACCAUCAGCUCAGGAUUGAACAAAGACUGUGAAUGGCUUGCCAAUUACAGAACCAGUUUCUCCUCUCUUGGUUUUCACACCUCAAAUGCUAGAACAGGGCCUCAUCCUCCCUGAUUGAACUGACCUCGUUAUCUCUAGCUUGCUUGCUAGCACACAUAUAUAUACCUGCCCCUGGAUAUUUCCAUUACAUGCAUCUGAGGAAGUGGGUAUUCACCCACGAAAGCUCAUGCUCCAAAACGUCUGUUAGUCUAUAAGGUGCCACGGGAUUCUUUGCUGCUUUUACAGAUCCAGACUAACACGGCUACCCUUCUGAUACUUUUAUACAUAGCUGUCUUGUGGACUACAGACUUUCUAGAGAGAGGGCGGAUGCUGU